AUGGAUGCACAAAAGCAACAUAUUCAAUCGAUGAUAUUUGACUACGCAACCACCACAAACACAGAUUUUAGAAAGCACCACAUCAGGCCUACUGUGAAAUCAAACUAUAAAGACAAAAAUUUAUCAAGAAAGAAAAGAAAAUCACCUGUUAAAUAUGUUCAUACAAUGACGGAUUGGAAAAACGUUUCAAUGCCUUUUGAUUUAUGGAUCGAACAAAAACAGAUCGUUCGUACAAAUCCUCAUCAUGUACAAGAGCCUUAUGAGAAGCCUCCUGAUUUAGAAAUAGACAAAAUUAGGAUGACAAGACCGCGUCUUGUCAUGACUCCAGCAGUUAGCAUUGACGACGUUGAAGAUCUAGAGAAGCGCAAGCUGCUUUUGCAAGACAUGUACACCACGAAUGUCACGAAAGAAUUCGGCAUGAAGUGCGCAUUAUCAACCGUUAGAUCGCCGUUACGGGGGAAAUAUGCCCCAGCGAACCCGAUACCGCUUCCGAAACUGACGCCGCCGUACGUGUCGCCGGAAUGGCGCAUGCAAUCCACGUCGUGGGACCGGCAACAGACGCGCGCCUAUUGCGACGCCACGCGAGUAUUUUGGCUCAAUAGAAACAGAUAA